CACCAUCCAUCUUCCCUGGCGCGGAACAAGAGCCUUGCUUCUCCUCGUUUCAUGUCACGUAGAUUACACUUGUCAAAGUAGCAAGGAAAGAACGACCGGGCCGAUUGGUUGCAAAAAGAAUACGCGGAAGCCGAUCUCUCGUCGUUCGCCUUGAAAGAACGUCUCUUGGCAGUAUGGGCCUGUUGGCUGAGCUAGACCGUCUGGUCGAGUCUGACUAUCGAGUUGAGAUCAAUGCACUUGAAGCGGACAAAAAACUGGCUGAGAUCGCUCUGGUAACAGGACUAUCUGUGCGGGAUUUGAACAUCAAGAACGGGAAACCUGUAUUUCGACCUCCGACGUCGAAACUCGAAGUAUUGGCUUCCUGGAAGAAGCUCAUGGCAGUGUUGAAGAAACACGAAGUCUUUCUGGAAUACCUUAAGUCACUGCGGGAAGCAUUUGUCCAGUUUUCAGCCAUACAGUCCCUCGAGUUCCGCCAUUUGAAAACGCUGAUUUCGCUGUUAUCACAUACCGCCGAGAAUUCACAACGCGACAACUCGACCGAAUGCCGAUUCGUCACGUUACUGGAGGUGCUCCUAUCCUACGGCAACGGCUGGCAGCCAUCCGAGCAAAUCACAAGGUUCUGGGUGCGACUCAUGCAACGGAUACCCGCAGAUGUUCCAAAGGUUAACUUUCGCCGCAAAGCUUACCGAGUCUUGGUAUCCCUCUCUUGGGUACCCAGUUCGAAAGGACUGCUCGGUGCCUGCUCGUUCGAAGACAAUCGACAAAUACUCGACUCCGAAAAGGCCCCUGCUGCCGUCCGAGGCCAUCUAAAGCGAAUACGCAAUACACCGUUGCCGCGUUACGACUGCGUCAAUCAACUUUUGGAUCGACUCAAAGAUGAGACGGACGUUUGCGUUGCCAUUCGAUCCGAACUGGAAGGAACGGGCAAAACAACCUUGGCAGCACUUGUGGCAUCACAUCCUUCAAUUUUGAGAGUUUUUCGGGUACUGUGGUUGCCGAUGGAUCAGCGUGAUGUGACCUACACGGCGUACGCCAAACUCCUGAGCAAUUUGUGCGAUCAAUUGGGCGUAGCGCCAUCUUGGCCAGAGUACGUGACGCGAUUCGAAGAGCCGGCACUACGUCAACUGCGCGAAAAAGAAUAUAUGGAAGAAGCUCGGGCGCAAAUGUCGGAAAUUUUGCUAAAUGUAGACGAAAACAUUCUGCUGAUUCUGGACGAUGUACAAAAUGCCAGCCAAAUAAAGAAUUUUCGCUUCAACGACCGACAGUCAAUUAUUGUUACGACGCCGGAUCCCAACCUGGCUGGAGUAGAUUGGACCGUAGAAUUGGACCCAAUGAGUGAGGAGGAAGCAAUUGAGCUAUUCUUAGCCGAAGCCGAUCUCCCGCCUGCUCAUAUUUUAGGUUGCACCGACGAAAUGAAGGCAAUUGUUCGCAAAUGCAACUGUCAUCCGCUAACUGUCAGAACAACCGCGCGAUGGUACCACUUGAAGCAGGUAACGGCAGGACUCCCAAAAGCUAUGGAAGAGCUAGUGAUUGAUGUCAAUAGAAUCUCAAUGCUGACAUCGGUCGCGGCUUCUAAAUAUGUCGGAAACUAUCAGAUUCUGUUCGGCAUUCUUAGCCAAAUGCUAUCGCCAGCACGGAACGAUGGCCAAGGAUCAUCGUCAUUGUUUAUACUGUGCUUGGCAGCAAUGGUGGUUGUCUUUCCAGAUCGUGUCCCCUUGGAUUCUGUUUUACUACUUUGGAACCAGCUGAUGCAGAAUAAGCCCCAGGCGGUUGCCGAACUAGGCCUUGAAGGCGAACCCCUACCGAUUGAGAUCCAGAAACAUGCAUGGCUGAUUGCCGAAGGGCUAACCCAUUUGGGAAUUGUAUCCGUAAUCGACUACCAAAAUACAGCCUGGGUGGAGGCUCAUCACAACUUAUACUCACGACUUGCCGUGCACCUGGCCGAAGAAAUGAACUUCGGAGUCUCAGAAGCGUUCGAGGACAUAGCUGAAGAGUGGAACCGCGCAUUUGUGACAUCGUAUUUUGUGCACCGGAUCCAGAGCGGCGAUCCAACAGACGAUGAUAGUAUGGCUUACGCAAUUGAUAAGCUCCCAGAUCACAUGUUUCGAGCAAAACUGUUCACGGUUGGUGAAACUAUUCUUGUGGACGAAAACUUCUUCCACGCCAGAAUCGAUGCUUUAGGUUGGGACGAGGCAAUUGAAAUUCACGUGAAAGAUUGUGUCAGAUUGCAACGAGCCAUCGAAGCAGAUGAUGAGACUGGGUCAGCAGUGAUCAUCGCAUCGCCCGUUUUCGCCAGAUUGUCAGCAUUGGUGGAGGCUACAGCCAUGGGAGAUCAAAGUCCCAACAACAGUACGAUUAUAGACGUAUCAAGUGCCCUAUUUCAAGUUGCCUUCGCUCUGGCAGAAACGGGUUUUUUUGAAGAGGCUUUAAUGCAGUUCGACAGAGCUCAAAGACUGCUACCCCAUUCACAACCACUUUGUGCCAGCAUCCUGUACGGAGCUAGUUGGACACUUCUCGCCAGUGGGGAAAUUGAGCAAGCUUCAAAGAAAAUCAAAGCUUGCAGGAAAGCUAUGAACGAUUGCCCUGGCAUUCAUGUGCUUUUUACCGAAACGCUUCAGUUAAUGGCAGACAUUUGGGUUGCGGACUGCGAGUACAAACCAGCACUUGAAUGUCUCGACGAACUGAUCGAGGUGUUGAUGGGGAGUUUGCCACGAAGCCGGAUUGAACUGGGGACAGCUCUGUACAAGAAAGGACGUCUGCUUUUCUCGAUGGGUGACCUGGAGCUAGCAAGGGCUACUCUUCAUGACAGCUUGAAUUGGAAAGUAGAGAUUGGCGAGUUCAGCAAGAAUCGAGCCGCCGCAUACAGUACUUUAGGGGAUUUGUUGAUGGAAACACGCCAACUGACGGUUGCAAAGGAAAUGUUCGAGAAUGCAAUUGUCACUUUCGAUGCGCUCGAAACGUCCUCGGAUUCGCUUGAUCGCUUACUUGUCACUGGAAAAUUACGCUUUCUCCAAGGCAAUACUCAGGGAGGUUUAAAAUUUCUCAAGGAUGCCCAUAAAUCGAUUCAGAAGCUCCCUAUCCUAUUAAUGGACCAGUCAGCGUAUUACCUGCGAUCCAUUGCUCGUGUAUAUCAAGACAGUGGAGAAACUGCCGAGGCUAUUGGAAUUCUGUAUGAAAGUUUGUCACUGACAGACAGUCGGCCUUUGUCCAUCGAGCGUUCCGCCGCACUUUUUGAUCUUGGCAACUGUUCGCUCGACCAAGAGAAGACGAGCGAAGGUCUGACAUACCUUGAGGAAUCCUUGAAGAUUCGCGUCUUGAAGCUGGGCGAGUGUGUACAAGUCCUUGACACGCUGAAAUUGAUUGGUAGUGUGUAUAUGUCUCUUGAUGACUAUGAUCAAUCUUUAAAGAUAUUCAGAAAAGUUCACGAAGUCUGCGAGAGAAUUGCAGGAAGCGAGAUCGAAAGGAUUGCGGGCGCGCUGUACUCUAUUGGUGAAGUAUACGAUUGUUUAGGACUUUUUGACCUUGCGAUGGACAACUUCACCGAAUGCAAGCUCGUGCUUGAACGUGGUCGUGAAAAGGAUCAUCCAGAUAUUGCGAAGGCCCUUCACAGGCUUGGAGACUUGGUUGCGUCUCAAAAUAAUCUUGAUAAAGCAGAGGACUACUUUUCGGAGGCUUUGAGGAUUCGGAGGAUGAAUUUCGAUGACGUAUUGUUAGCGGAAUCGCAAUACAGUAUGGGGGUUAUACUGCGCAAAUUGGGUCGCUUGGAAGAAUCAGAGGGAUUUCUGGUCGACGCGCUCGAGACCAGAAACAAAUUAGAAUGCAACAGGGAAACUGGCCAGACUUUGCUAGAGAUCGGAAACCUGUAUCGCCUACAAGGGGAACCUGCCAAUGCCGUAAGCCUUUACGAGAAAGGAAAGGAAGUGCUGGGCAACGAAAGCGAUCUUCUCGGCAGUGUCUACCUCGCUUCAGGCCACGCAAUGGUUUCUCUGGAACGUGAUGAAGAGGCUUUGCUUUGCUAUUUGAAAGCACGCGAAAUACGGCUCGGGGCCUAUGGAAAGGAUAGCGCCAAGUACGGCAACGCGUGUCGAAGCCUCGGUUACAUAAACUAUCUCUUGAGAAACGUCGACGAAGCGAUUGUUUGCCUCAAUGAGUUUGUUCGAAUUUAUGAAGCCUGUGCCGAGGACGAACGCGAAGACUCGAGCGAGAACUUCGACUAUGCUUUGGGAAUUGUCUUACUCGGCGACCUAAACAUUGCCAGAGGGAAGCCAGAUCAAGCACGUAAACUUUGGAUUGUCGCAAAAGAAAUCUACGAAGAAGAUGAAGGACUUACGACGCAACUUCCUGCUUUGGUUGACAUGGUUCAACGUCGCUUGAAAGGAAAAGAAUUGACACCAUCAUCACCGGGAAAAGGCUUGCUGUCGAGAUUCCAUGGGGCUGUACGGCUUUCGGAAGAAUCCACUUUGAAGAGCACACUCGAGUUGGACCCCAAGGAAGUUGGCAUUCUUCGGAACAUAGCUUUUAUCGAUGACUAA